CAUGAUCUCCCAAUGCAUUUAAUUUUUUUCAAUCUUCAGGCACCCUAUGCCCACCUUCUCCACUAUAUAUCCCAUGCAACAGAAUGCCCUUCCUCCAGGCAACAAUUAGCAUCCCAUUGGUUCAUAGAGAGAGGUGUGAGAGACAGAGGGUGUGUCAGAGAGAGAGAGAGGAGGUGUUCAAGAGGGGGAGACAUAGAGAGACCAAACAACCUCCUGAUCUUCAAGCAUGGCGAGUUUUGCGAUGAGGCCGUCUUACAUAGCACUCACCCUUUGCCUCAUCGUUUCCACACUAUGUGGGCUUUCAGUAUCUAGCCCUCUCUUAACCACCGAGAAGGUAAAGGCUGAGGAACCGGUGGUGGUGGUUGAGGGCAUGGUCUACUGUCAAAGCUGCGAGCUUAAGGGAACCCAUUCUCUUUCUGAAGCCAAGCCAAUUGCCGGAGCAAAGGUAGGAGUGGCGUGCAAGGACGAGAAGGGAAGAGUGAAGUGGUACCAGGCCCACAAAACCGACUCUUAUGGUUACUUCUAUGCGUCUGUGAUUGGUUUUGCUCCAUCAAUGGAUGCGUUGAGCUCGUGCACUGCCUACCUUCUCUCUUCCCCUGACCCCGAAUGCAACCUUCUCACUAACAUCAAUGGCGGUUUUGAAGGAUCUCCACUUCGUUACAAAGGACCUGGAUAUGAAGAAGACAAUUGGCAGGGGUCAUGAAGUUGGUGGUCUCUACAUUCUUGACCUGCAUAUUACUACUCCACACGCUCUAUAGUUCCAUAGUAUUGUUAAUAAAGAUUGGAUUUGGCAAUGGCAUCUCCGA